UGACAAGUUACCGUAGCUACACGGCUCCAUAUAUUCCCGUAAACUCUCCAAGGUGAACUGUGCCGUAGAACCGGAAGGCUUGGCAGCUGCGAGUGUCCAAGAUUUUUCCCAAGUGGCAGCCGCCGGAAGACCGGAAUCCCCCUGUUUGAGCACAGGUGCACUCUGAUGAUUUACUAGGGGCCUGCAGGGCUUAUUCUGAAGCAUGCAGGAGAACAACAUCGAGCAGCCUCAGUCACUGUCUCAGCUCCUCAGAGAGAAUUACCUGGCUGAGGCCCGAGCCCAGCAGCGCCACAGCGAGAUGAGCCGCUCAGACGCUUCUUCCUCACGCCUCCAGAUCUACGGGUCGCUGAAAGGCAAGGCCGAGGACUCUGGGGCUCACAAUGAUCCCACAUUCACAGACCUAUCAGCCUUCCUCAGCCAGGAGGAGCUAGAUGAGAGCGUGAACCUGGCCCAGAAGGCCAUCGGACAUGAGCCUCGAGAGGAGAUGGCAGAGGUCAGGGCGUCUGUCGCACCAUUAACCCAGUCCACAAGUUCCUCAGCCUCUUCCUCUGAACUCACAUCGGUUCCCUUUGCCAACCCCUCUCCAGCUCCUUCCGCCGUCCCCUCUAUGGUGCCUUUCACCCAGCCGGCCCCUGAACUCAGAGAACUGCAACAUGCAACAUUCACACCAGACAGAAAGGUGCACAAAGCGUCUGCACGGCAGGAAAACACAUUCAGGAACACAAGGGGCACCGGUGAGGGGUUCAACGACAUUGAAAGGUCGGCAAAGAAUGCCCCGUACGGCAUGGAGACCCAGUCCAAGAAGGAGUUCCUCAACAAGGCAGCGGACUUCAUCGAGGAGCUCUCUUCUCUCUUCAAGGCCAACAGCUCCAAACGGGCACGACCGAGAGGAUGCAAACCUCACCGGAGCAGGAACCAGAACAAAAGCCUAGUCGAUGGUGAGGGUUCCCUCGGCCUCGGCCCUGAGAACAGGGAGCGCUCUCCCAUGCCCUUGGAGGCGGAGGCAGAGGUGGUGGUGGAGGAGGAGAGACCAAGCCCCGCUGUAAGCCACCAACCAGAGGCCCAGCUGGACUCUGGGAUUGGGCACAUGGAGUUUCAGGACAGCAGGAUUACUGAGGAGCAGCAGUGCAAUUCUGUUUCCCAGGAGGCAGCAGAGGUGGCAGAAAGCUGCCCCCCGACAGAAACUCCAUACCCCGCAGAGUCUGCGUGUGAGCCGCCUUGUUUCAUCCAGAAACUGAAAAGCAGGGAGGUUGCAGAGGGCAGCAAGGUCCAGCUGGACUGCAUUGUUAGAGGACUCCCUGUGCCUGAAGUCAGAUGGUUCUGUGAGGGCAAGGAGUUGGAGAACUGCCCGGACAUCCAGAUCAUCACCGACGGAGAGCAUCACUCUCUGGUUAUCGCAGAGGCCUUCGAGGAAGAUACUGGACGCUACUCCUGCUUCGCAUCUAACUUCUAUGGCACUGACUCCACUUCAGCCGAGAUCUACGUCGAAGGUACAACCUCUUCAGAUUCUGAUGGGGAACAGCGAUUUGAACAUGUAGCUCAGCAGCAGAAGAGAUCUUCUCCAUCAUCGAGCCAAGCUCUUUCUGCAGAAAAGGAAGAUCCUCCAUCUUACCCUGCAGCAACCAUCGAAGAACCAGCAGAGCCGAUCGUCUCUGCACAAACUAACCAAAUAAUCCCAGAACCUAUCCUACCAGUGCGGACAUCAGCCACCAUACUCUCAGUCCCGGAGCCUUUGAAAGCAUCCGCAGCAUUCCCCGCUCAGCAGGAGCCAACAGUGGAAGAGCCAACAGUGUCAUAUGUGCAGGUGUUUCCUACUUUAUCACCAGGCGAUACAGGUCUUUCAGAAGCCUUUCAUGAGGCGUCAGCGUCUGUUACAUCCCCUCCUCCUCCAGUGCAGACGCCUGCAGCAGAACCUCCAUCACUGCCCCUAAACUCUGGGGUCUCCUCUGUGCUGUCUCCUCCAAUACAAACACUCCAACUUGAGAGUCAAACCUCUAACUACACCUACCCACAAGUGUUGAACGGCCAACCUAUCAUGGCUGCCCCUGUCUUCACAAAGAGCCUGCAGGACCUCCUUGUGUCAGAAGGCCAGCUGGUGGUGCUAGAGUGCCGUGUGAAAGGGGUGCCGUUCCCACGAGUGGACUGGCACAGAGAUGGAGCAUUCAUAGAGGACUCUCCUGAACUCAGGAUCCUGAAGAAAAAGCCCAGAUCUCCAGCUGAAUCAGAGGAGAUAUGCAGUCUGGUCAUUACUGAGGUCUUUCCUGAAGAUUCCGGGAUCUUUACUUGUACAGCAAGCAACAAUUAUGGAACUGUGUCCAGCACCGCUGCACUGAGGGUCACAGGCAAUGGCAGCAACAGCAACCACAUGAGGCCUUCCAGCAACUUGACCCUAGAGCCAAACCAAAGCCAAGAACCUUCACCCGCCCCCGCUGUCAACCUUCAACCAGAGGUUACUGUGACCAGCAGCAUCAAGCCCCACUCCAGCACCAUCCGCCUGGACCCACUCAUCUCCAGCAGCGUACGCCUUGACCCAUUGAGUACCAGCACCCUCCGUUUGGACCCCCUUGGUUCCAGCAUGCUGCGCCCAGACCCCUUCCGCUGUAGUCUCCCCAGCCUGGAGCCCUCCAGCCUCAUCAACAGCUUCAACUCUCGCAGCAACAGCACUCCCAACUUAGAUCCUGUCAACCUCCAUCACAACCAUCCUGUAUCCAGUGGAGCAGCUCCAGAACCACAGAUCAGCAGACAGGUGCUCUCCUACCUGAAACCCUUCACUUCUCCAUUCUCAGCUGGAACGGUAGCAGAGCAUGAAGCAUCCACACCUUCAAUGACACCACCCGACACGAGCGCCACAGUGAAAGUGACCCCUAACCAUCAGAAUGGGAGCCUUAUCGUGCUGCCCUUACCCGACCCCCCUCCGAACUCCUGCCUUAAGACAGGCGCUCAAACGAAACCCAAACACUCCCGCUCUGGAUCUCGUCGCGUCCACUUCAGACUGCCUGAGGAGGAGGAACAGAGUGACGCAUCAAGCAGUCAGUGUGAGGAAGAAUCCAAUAUGUCGGGCAACAAGGGACCUCCACCAGUCCUGGCUAAACCCAAACUGGACCCGGUCCAGCUGCAGAUUCUGCACAACCAGGUCCUCAUGGAGCAGCAGCAGGACACUGAACCUCCAGCCCACCCCCACCCCCAGCCCCUGACUCAACCAAAACAUCACCCUCAGACCCAGCCCCAACCACAACUUCAGCCACCGUCUCUGCCCCAGUCUCAGCCCCUACCCCAGCCUCAGCCUCAGCCCCAGUCACCCCCACACCCCCAGCCUCAGUCUCAACCCCUGCCCCAGCCUCACCACCACCCUCAGCCUCAGUCCCAACCACAACCCCAGUCUCACCCCCACCCCCAACCCCAGUCUCACCCCCAGUCUCACCCCCACCCCCAACCACAGUCUCACCCCCAGCCUCAGAUCCAGAUCCAGCCCGCAGUUCAAACUUCCAGUGAAGGUCCAAUAUGGUCGCCCAGAAUGGAACGGGAUCCCCGUGCUCCACCUUUCCAGCCCCACCUGACCUCCAAUACUCCCCCUCAGCAGAUGCCCCACUCUGCACCUGUACUGACAUCCGCCCCCCAAGCUCCCUCUCUGAGCUCUGCCCCACCUCUCAGCACCACCUUUUCACCUCUCCCUAACACUCUGAGCUCCCCUCCUUCAAUCCCUCAGCUUAUGACCUCCUCCCUGGUGACCUCACCUCCUCCUGCCCCACAGCUGAAAACAGCUCCACCCGUCAGUAUAGCUCCUGUAACCCAGAUGAACACCAUCCAUGCCUCCCACCUCAACCUGACCCCUGCAGCACUCACCAAAUCUCCCCCUACGCCUCAGUUUUUUUCUCCUCUUGCACCGAAGUUUAGUGCAGCCUUAACAGAUCUUACCUCGGUCACUUCUCCUGCUCCGUUCUUGAGAAGCACCCAUGCCUCCCUCAUGAACCUCACCCCUACCUCCCACUCCUUCAGCUACGCCCGUCCAAAAGAGUUCAUAGCGGCUCAGAGCUUCUCACCGGUCAGGAGUCCUUCCCCGACAGAAUCUCCGGUCCCUCUGCUCCAGGAGCUGGCAGCUGAGCUAAACUCCUCGGCAGCCAGCUCCCCCACCUUCCCGCCUUUCUCCCCCCCACCCAGGACCUUCAGCACCAGGGUGAUCAAGUCUCCCACCAGCCCUCCAUCUCUCGUGUCCUCACCCACACCGGUGUCGCCGCCAUACCUGAACAGUAUGUACGCCAUGCGAACCCAGUCGCCUCCCCAGGCCUCCUCUCCCACCUCCAGUAGCUCCACCUCCAGCCCCAUUCAGAACCCUGUGGCGUUCCUGAGCUCCGUCCUGCCCUCCCUGACCCCGAGUCAGCCCACCAACUCUAUGGGCCUGCCCAAGGGAGCUCCCAUAGGGCUAAAAAAGAGCAUGCAAAAGACACGCAUCCCAUCAUAUGAAGACAUUCGUGAAAGCAGAGAGAGUAUCCUCCAGGACAUUGAGAAAAAGCUUCGACUUAGAGACGAUACCCAACAUUUUGCACAUCAACAGAAGCUGAGUAAUGAGGGGAAAACAGCGAGCAGACUCCUUGGACCAAACAUUCCUGCUACUGUCAUUAACUAUGAUAAGGAGUACAAAGUGUCCAAUUUUGAGCAGAGACUUAUGAGUGAGAUUGAAUUCCGUUUGGAGCGGACGCCGGUGGAAGAGUCGGACGAUGAGGUGCAACACGAUGAUGUCCCUACAGGGAGAUGCAUCGCGCCCAUUUUGGACAAAAAACUGAAGAACUACAGAGCCAUGGAGGGCGUGCCAGUCACUUUCUCGUGUAAAGUAGUGGGAAUCCCUUUUCCAAAGGUGUACUGGUUCAAGGAUGGCAAGCAGGUGUUGAGGAAGAACGUCCAUUACAAGAAGAUAAGGGAGGGGGAUGGGACCUGUGCUCUUCACAUAGAGUCCACGACCCAAGACGAUGAUGGCAACUACACCAUCAUGGCAUCUAAUCCUCAGGGACGGAUCAGCUGCUCGGGUCAUUUGAUAGUCCAAACGGGACCUCCCCGAAACCGCAUGGCACCUAUUAGCUCUCAGAGGGUGCGAGCCCGUAUACAGGAAGUUGAAAGUGAGCAAACACAGGAGCGUUUUUUUCAGCCUCACUUCCUCCAGGCUCCAGGCGACAUGCUGGCUCACGAGGGCCGACUUUGUAGGUUAGACUGUAAGGUGAGCGGCCUCCCCAACCCAGAGCUGAUGUGGUUGGUCAACGGGAGGCCAAUCUAUCCGGACCUUCUGCAUAAGAUGCUGGUGCGGGAGAAUGGCGUCCACUCUCUGGUCAUUGAUCCACUGACGCAGAAUGAUGCCGGGACAUACACGUGCAUUGCAAGCAAUAAGGCAGGGCAGAGCUCCUUUAGUCUGGAGCUAAAAGUUGUAGAGAAAGAGAUGAAGCACCCGCCCGAGUUUGUGGAGAAGCUGCAGAACAUGGGUAUUCCUGACGGGACUCCAGUCAGACUUGAGUGUCGGGUGGUGGGUAUGCCCCCUCCACUCAUCUUCUGGAAGAAAGACAAUGAGACCAUUCCUAGAACUAAAAACAGGAUCAGCAUGACACAGGAUGCAACAGGAUAUGUGUGUCUCCUCAUCCAGCCAACAACUAAAGAGGAUGCCGGCUGGUACACAGUAUCAGCAAAAAACGAGGCUGGAAUUGCAUCCUGCACCUGCAGGCUUGAUAUCUACGCCCAAUGGCAUCAGAGCAUCCCUGCACCCAUGAAAAAAGCUCCGCGCACAGGCAGUCGCUACGCAGCUCUGACGGGACAGGGGCUCGAUAUCAAGUCAGCUUUCCCCACAUCGGACAACAACCCCAUCCUGUUCUCCAGCUCCCCUCGUGAGGCCAUGCUGGAGAGCGAGGAGCUGUGAACCUGCUGCAUGGUGAACCUCAGGGCACGUGCUGAAGCCUCCCUGAGUUUAAACCAGUAAAGCAGAUGUCAUGUGCUUUGUGUGAUGCUUUUGAAGUGAUACUCUCAAAAAAGAAUGGCAAAGAAAGAUUGUGUUAAAGCUAUCAGCACUGAUAGUGGGUUUGUCACCAUUCCUAUUUACUCAAGUAAUAUGAUGAGUGUUUCACAUACAGAAAAAAACAGAUUUGCAAAGUCUUAGCUCAUGAGCCAUCAGUGGAAUAGUGUUUUCUGGCAUUUGUUUUCUACAUCAUAUUACCUACAGUAGCAAGGGUGUUGUGUUAACAUCAGUUCUUAAAUGUUGUCCUAUUGAAGCACCCAAUAUUUUUAUUGCGAAUCAUAAACCUGUACUGGUAGUAAUAGUUUAUUUUAAAAUGAAUAUAAAAAUAGGUAAGAGUAUAGCAAUGGAGAUUUUAAUGUGUCAUUUAGUGCAGUCUCUUUAGAUGGCUCCAGCGAAGUGGGAUUCUUUCUACAUAAACCUAAAUAAUAUCUUGACAUUCAUUACUUGUUGAUAUUUUUGCACCAUUUUUCAUGUGCAUGCAUGCCAAUGGCUGAUGAAGAUGUCAUACUGUAUACCAUAAAAACACUGUGUCUGCUCAAAGUCAUAAUACUAAAAAUAUGGUGAUUAAAUUCAUCUUUUAUUGACAGCGUUUUAUCUGCAUUUGUAUCUACAGUUUGAGAUGUAUUGCCUGAGAAUAUAAGGCAUAGGAGACUACAUUUUUUGAUCAAAUGGUUUUAACUCCAACAUUUUAAAUGAAUCUUUCAGAGGUUAUAAUUGAACUUUGAUUAAAAAAUAAUAAUUCAAAAAAGUUUGAAAACAUAUUGAAGAAAAGUUGUAAAGCACAUACUCAACUGAUGUAAAGUUGCACAUUGUAAAAUAGUUUUGUCCUUCAGAAUAAAGUUAUAUUUAUUCCAA